GGCCAAACCAGAUCACUUGGUUACGGACCUUUUUAAACACCAGGACCCAGUUAGAUCAUGUCGUAGUGCUGGCGUAUACGUAUUCUUUUGUGGAUAUUAUUCAAAACAAUUUCCCAACUUGUUUAUAUUGAGUCAAUACAUGGAUAUUGUCGUUAUGCUAAUUUUUAAACACAAGUUCUGUACGUUUAUUGUUUCACAGAAUUUCGUAGCGGAAUGUUAACAUCUUGGACAAGACUUUUAAAUGAUAGGAUAACUGACUCCAGCAUUUUGGAAGAACAAACAGAAACAUCUAUAGAAGAAAUAUAAACUGCGACAGAAAAUGGGGACAUUACCUUUAGGGGAAGAGGACAGAACAAGCGCCAAAAAGAGGCGGCAAGUGGCGUACGCAAAAGACUUGCAGCUGCAGAUGAGAGAAAAUGAAGCAGCGAAACUCAGAGAGAGAUAUCAAGAUAUGAAUGUGAAUGCUUCAGGAUGGUUGGACCCUGAAAAAAGACCAGACAGACUCAGGCCUUUGGGAGGACCAGGUUUUAUGACGGACCGAACUGACCGCGACUCCAGGGUCAAGCCUUACCAUACCCUCUUCCUUUACGGCAAGGUGCCCCCGUCAGGACCUGCUGGCUACUCACAGGUGGAUGUAGUGGACGCUCCGGUCAGCCUCGGGCGGUCGCCCCGCAUGACACACAUGGUGGACGGGGAGCCGCUCCAUAUAACCAACUGGCAGCUCCACUUGGACUCCCCCGUCGGCCUCCUUCAUCAGCCCCUCACGGAAGCCACAUCUGGUAAUUAUAGAAUCAAUGAUUCGACGAGCCAGGCGUAUAACUUCUAUGCCACCAGAGACCUGGACAGAGCCGGAUACGGAUCCAUAGUUCAACCAUUGUCAAUACCCUACGUGGAUAACAGACCUAUCAUCAUGCCUGGACGCUUCGAGGGAGGAGGGGAAUAUCAUCCAAAGUACAACCCGUUUGAUCACGAUAAAGAGAGUGGACUACACAAAGAUAUUAAAGUUCUUCUAGGAAUGACACAGUUAGAAAGAGAGCGGACAAAAGCUCAGAUGGCCAGAGACCAGGAUGACCAUCAAAGAAGGAUGCGGAAAGAGCUGGAAGAUGAAAGGAAAAGAUUAAUGGACCAGGAGAAUGAGGCACGACGCAGGCUGGAGCAGAUGAGAAGAGAUUUGGAAGAGCGCAGACUUGAGUGGGAAAGACGCAGGAGGGAGGCAGAGUCCACUAAGAAGGACACCCCAGUUCCCCAGACGGCUCCAGUUCAAAUCAGGCCACCAAGUACUACAUUGCUGAAAGAUAUGGACGACACCAGAAGAAGAUUGAUAGAGGAGAGAAGAAAGAUUGAAGAACUACUGAGAGCUCAAUCUAAGCAGCCCUCCUACACUGAAGUGAAAGUCUUGAAAAGACCUCCUCCACCGCCAACGCCAUUGGAUUCAGAUCUGGCCAAUCGAAGGAUCUUGGAAGAGUUCAAUCACCUGAAACAUAAAGAAGUAGAGAACAGAAAAACCUUUCGAAGAAUGUAUCCAGAACUUCCAGAAACCAACAGCAAGCUUGAAGCUCAACAGAGGGCGCUGUUGAGAGAACAGGAAGCAGCACUCAGAAAUAUAGAUAAAACAGUGACCUACGCCCCUCCAAAGACAGUGGCAGUAGAGAGUUACAGACGACCUGGAUGGAUGGACAAGACGCCGACACCUUUCCCCCACAGGUUAAGACAUCGAGACAGACUCUACACAACGACCAGUCUAGAUGGCGACCUGGACAGAAUCUACAGCAGGGCUGAGCGACGCGAGUGGGCCAUAGACUCUUUACACUACAAUACUGAUGCGGACAAAGUUCUGGAUGAGUACUCAAGACUUAGACUUGGUGGCUAUAGACCGGCGUCAGCCGAGACACUGACCGACGACACGUGGAUAAGACCAACCACUCGGGCAGCUGUCUGAGUCAGCGAUGCGAACAUUGGAAGGAUGAAAGGAUUGUGCGAGUCUGAUGUUAUAAAAUGUGAUAUGUGAAUAAGACUUUUUGAGACUCUAAGUUACACAUUCGAAAAUGCGACCAAACUCUACAGCUAUGACUUUAGUAUAAUAAAUAGGAGCACAGCGACAUACAUUUUAAUAGUAUAUGUUUUUAUUGUGAUAAGGCCAUAACAAAUUUGAUUUACACCGGCCAUUCUCAAGUGAUUAUCAUGGAAAAAACCAUAACGCGAAUGUCGAGAGUUAGAUUCCCAUACUGGCCACCAAUUAUGUAACACAUCUUGAUGCUUAUGAAUGUGCUGUAUAUUAAUGUGUCUACUACAUGCCAAUACAUAUGUCUUCUCUUCUCGUGUGUUGCAGUAGUUCUGCUGACGCGGUUGUCGUGUGGAGCUUCUAACUCGUGUAGCACAACAGAUAGAAAAGACUAAGUGACACACUUGUCAGCAGACGAUAUAUAUUUAUUAAUAUAAAAUAAUACAUAGGCGAUCCAGUCACAAUGGCGUAACGAAUAACUGAAUAUAAUAUCAUUAAUAUGUCACAAACCA